AUGGCAUCCGUGGAGGCCGCACAGUUUAGUGACGAUGGAGAUCUGGAUGCCUGUGCAGAGGCCCUGGAUCAGCAGCGGAAACAAUUUGAGAUCGAGGGCAAAUAUGAAGACGCCGAGCAGGUAAAGAUGCGCCUGGACCUCUUGCAGGAAAAGGCCGAUGCCAAGCGAAAAGAGGCCCUGCGGCAGAGGCAGCUGGCACAGCGUCUAGGAGUGGAAGAGGCGCACAUGAAGGAACUGCAGGAAUUCAAUCAACACUGGGACCAGAAGGUGGCUGAAUUCGAAGCACAUGCUGCCAGCUUACAGGCUCAGCUGCAAGAGAGGCACAAUCAGGAGUUUGCGGAGGCUCGAAAAAAGGUCCGGGGCCGGAGUUUGGGAGCCUGA